ACUGGACAAAAUCAGUCUCUCUGCUGGCCAUUUGUACUGCACAACUGCCUGUCUUGUUGCUGCUGUGGUUGCUGCCCAGCUGACCACAGAGGGUUCAGAGCCCCAGACAGCGGGGCUGCCUUUGGGAUCUCCUGCAAGUUAGGAUCUCUGCCUGAAAGUGAGCAUCUUGCAUUUUGUUUCCCUCAGGGAGAAUGGUGAACAAGGAAAAUCCCGUCACAAAAUACAUUGAACUGGAAAGUCUUGGCAGCGGGGGUUUUGGAGAGGUUUCCAGAGCACUUGACACUGCCACAGGAGGAGAGGUGGCCAUAAAGAAAAUAAGUGUGCAAGGAGUGAGGAGGAAGAUACUAACCAUGAAUGAAAUCAGGAUCAUGGAGAGUAAUAGGAGUCCCAGGGUCGUGAAUUACUUAGCCAGCUACCUUGUGCAUGAGGAACUCUGGCUGGUGAUGGAGUACAUGGACGGAGGCACUCUGAGAGAUCUCAUCGACGAGGCUCAAAUGUCUGAAGAAGAGAUUGCAGCUGUCAGUCGGGAGUGCCUGCAAGGACUGGAUUUUCUUCACUCCAACCAUGUGAUCCAUCGAGAUGUGAAGAGCAACAACAUCCUUCUCAGAACCGACGGCUCUGUCAAGCUGGCUGAUUUUGGCCUUUCUGUUCAGCUCACCCCUGAGAAAAAUCAACGGUGCUCAGUGAUCGGGACUCCUUGGUGGAUGGCACCUGAAGUGGUGAAGCGUCAACCAUACGGCCCCAAAGUGGACGUGUGGUCUUUUGGAAUUGUGGCAAUUGAAAUGGCCGAACAAAAAACUCCUUAUGACAGUUUCACUGCUCGAUCGGCUAAAUACCACAUAGCCACAAAAGGGACCCCACAGCUGCGGCAGCCCGACCAAUUCUCGCCUUUGCUGCGUGACUUCCUGAGCUGCUGCCUGCAGAAAGGCGAGGCGCAGCGCUGGUCUGCCAAGGAGCUGCUGCAGCAUCAAUUUAUAACAUCGGCCAUGCCUGGGUCCAGCCUGGCACCACUCAUCAUGGCAGUGAAGAAGUGGAAGGAGGAGAUAUGAAUGCACCAAUCAAUUUCAA